AUGUUGCGUGUCGCACCUUUUCAUUUGGUUGAAAAAAUUGUUGGUUUCCCUUACGGGGAUAAAAUUUGUGAUAAACAUCGAAAACAACUUUAUACACAAGAUACAGCAACAGUUGAUGAUUUUAAUAUUAACUAUUGGGAUAACGACGAUGAUAUGGAAACUAAUUCAUCAAUACAAUCAUUUGCUACAUCUGAUAAAUCUCAAUAUCAUCAAGCUCAACAAAUUUUAGCAGCACUUGAUCAAUCUCCAAUUAAAAGUCAAAGUAAAAUACCAUUAAACAAGCAAAUACCAGGUGCAGUGCGGCGGCAGACAGCGAAGCUUCGCAAGGCAGUUGCUGCAGCUACUACAACACUUGCUAAUUCCAUUGCACUAGGUCAGGCUAAUACCUUGGUUAAUCUUGCUGGUCUUGAUAAUGUGGUGACCACACGGUCGUCAUCAACUCAAAGUACUAUAGAAGUAGAUGAAAAUUUUUUGGCUUAUUUAGUACAAAUGUACAGAACAUAUGAAGAAAAAAAUUUUCCAUAUAAUGAAAAAAUUCGUUUACUAGCUCUUAUUCCGGACCAUUGGAACUUGUCUUAUGACGACAUUAUCAAUCACUUUGGAUGUACAUGGCACGCCGUCAAAACGGCACGAUCUUUGAAAAUAGUAAGUAGUACACCAUUACAUGUCAACAAACGACCAUCCAUCACUCGGCAACGUUAUAAUCCAGCUCAAAUUGAUCAUUUUCUUACUUGGUUAAUUGAAACUAAAUUACUAGUGUCAGUCUUCUGGGAUAAUACUCAUUUGCAACUUGAAAAUGGAAACACAUUAACAAUUCCUCGUCAAGUACUUCAAGCAAAACGAAGUCAUGUUAUUCAUCAAUAUAUAUCACAUUGCUCUGAAGUCAAUUUUAAACCUUUAAAAUGUCUCGACGUUGUUCAACUUUUUGAUGAUAUUGAAAGACACGUUGUACAAGUGCAACAUGAAGAAGAACGUGAAGAUUUAAAAUAUGAUUUUAGUUUAGCUCGUGAGAACAUAUUCGAAAUGUUUCGUCAUCCGAUUCGUACUGUCCAGCAAGAUACAACAAAAUCACGUGUACUUGCAUCGAUGUCCAAAACAACCGCUUUCCAAACUAUAGAUUGGGCACAAAAAAUCUUGCCACAAGGUUUUCGUGAAGGACAGACAGCUUACUAUGGGAAGAAGGGCAUGAGUGCCCUAGCUGGAUCGUUCACAUUCUAUGAUACAACAGGUGAGAAUCAUUCUUCACAAAUUUGUUAUACAAUAAUUUUUUUGUAUGCACUAGAAAAACUGAUCACACGUACAUAUAUAUUAUGUCUUACACGCUGUGAUCAAACAGAACAAGCCACCUUGAGUGGUGGUUAUUUGAUUUUAAAGCAAUUUCAUAAUGACUAUCCACACAUUACUUCACUUAUAAAACGUUCAGACAAUGCGAGUAUACUUGCUGGUAAUGCAACACCUGUAGGUGAAUGGUCUUUAGCGAAUUUAGUUGGACUUAAAUUACUUGUGCGUGAUUAUUCCGAAAUCCAAUCUGGAAAAGAUAUUUGCGAUAGAAUUUUUGGUGCUGCUAAAAUGCGUAUGAAAGCUUUUCUACAUGCUGGGCAUGAUGUUAUAAAUUCUUUUCAAAUAAAACUCGGUAUGGAAUACUGUGGUGGAAUAAAUCACGUAAAGAUCGGUACAGCUGAAAUGAUUGAUAGUGCUCCAUUAAUUAACAAGUAA